ACUACCUGCGCUCAACAGGAAGGGCCGGGCAGAGCCUGGGCGGCCGGAGCGCUGGGCCUGCGAUCUGAACGAGGCCCGUCCCGCGCCCCGGCCCCGGCCCCCCGGCGAUGGCUAGAGCCCCACGGCCUCCGGGACCAUGAAGAGCGAGCGGGCGCGCAGGGGCGCAGGCGGCUCCGGUGCCCUCGGCGCUGGACUCAAGUACACCUCGCGGCCGGAGAAUAUGAAUGGCUGUGAGGAAGGCGUGGAGUUCUUGCCGGCCAACAACAGCAGGAAGGUGGAGAAGGGCGGCCCGCGGCGGUGGGUGGUGCUGGUGGCCGUGCUGGCUGCCUUCCUGGCGCUGUCCCUCCUGGCGGGGCUCCUGGCAUGGCGCUUCCAGGACCGGAAUGUGCGAGUCCAGAAGAUCUUCAACGGCUACCUGAGUGUCCGGAACGAGAACUUCCUGGAUGCCUACGAGAACUCCAACUCCACUGAGUUUGCAAACCUGGCCAAGAAGGUGAAGGAGGCGCUGAAGUUCUUAUACAGCGGGAUCCCGGUCCUGGGCCCCUACUACAAGACAUCGACUGUGACCGCCUUCAGCGAGGGCAGCGUCAUUGCCUACUACUGGUCAGAGUUCGACAUCCCCAAGCACCUGGUGAAGGAAGCUGAGCAGGCCAUGGCGGAGAAGCGCAUGGUCACAGUGCCGCCCCGAGCCCGUUCCAUGAGCUCCUUCGUGAUGACCUCGGUGGUGGCCUUCCCCAGUGACCCCAGAAUAAUACAGAACACCCGGGACAACAGCUGCAGCUUUGCCCUGCACGCCCAGGGCAGCGAGCCCACCCGCUUCAGCACACCCGGCUUCCCCGACAGCCCCUACCCAUCUCACGCCCGCUGCCAGUGGACGCUGCGGGGGGACGCUGACUCUGUGCUGAGCCUCACCUUCCGCAGCUUCGAUGUUGCCACCUGUGAUGAACGUGGCAGUGACCUGGUCACGGUGUAUGACACCCUGAGCCCCGUGGAACCCCGAGCCGUGGUGCAGCUGUGUGGGACCUACCCUCCCUCCUACAACCUGACCUUCCUCUCCUCCCAGAACGUCCUGCUCAUCACGCUGGUGACCAGCACCGAGCGCAGGCACCCCGGCUUCGAGGCUGUGUUCUUCCAGCUGCCCCGGAUGAGCAGCUGUGGAGGCUACUUGCGGGCAGCCCAGGGGACAUUUAACAGCCCCUACUAUCCAGGCCACUACCCACCCAAUGUCAACUGUACCUGGCACAUUGAGGUGCCUAACAACAAAAAUGUGAAGGUGCGCUUCAAAGCCUUCUUCCUGCAGGAGCCCAACGUCCCUGUGGGCUCCUGCACCAAGGACUACGUGGAGAUCAACGGGGAGAAGUACUGUGGAGAGAGGCCACAGUUUGUCACCAGCAGCAGGAGCAACAAGAUCACUGUCCACUUCCACUCGGACCAGUCCUACACUGACACCGGAUUCCUGGCGGAGUUCCUGUCCUUCGAUGCCCAUGACCCGUGCCCGGGCAGUUUCAUGUGUAACACGGGGCGGUGUAUCCGGAAGGAACUUCGCUGUGACGGCUGGGCCGACUGCACUGACUACAGUGAUGAGCUCAACUGCAAGUGCAAUGCCACCUACCAGUUCACGUGCAGGGACAAGUUCUGCAAGCCCCUGUUCUGGGUCUGUGACUCCGUGAGGGACUGUGAGGAUGGCAGCGAUGAGGAGGGCUGCAGUGAGUGUGGCCGGGAUCGGGGCGGGGGUCGCUGCCCAGCUCCCCGUGGCCUCGCUGCUGGCCCUCGAGCCCCUGCUGAAUCCUUGUGCUCCCCAGGCUGCCCGCCCAGUACCUUCAAGUGCGACAACGGGAAGUGCCUCCCGCAGAGCCAGCAGUGUGACAGGAAGGACGACUGUGGCGACGGGUCCGAUGAGGCCAAGUGCCAAGACGUGAAAGCCGUCACCUGCACGGAACACACCUACCGCUGCCUCAACGGACUCUGUGUGGACAAGAGCAACCCCCAGUGUGACGGGAACGAGGACUGUACUGAUGGCUCGGAUGAGAAGGACUGUGACUGUGGGCGGCGGUCAUUCACCAGGCAGUCCCGGGUCGUCGGAGGUGAGAAUUCGGACCAAGGCGAGUGGCCCUGGCAGGUGAGCCUCCACGCCCUGGGCCAGGGCCACUUGUGCGGGGCCUCUCUCAUCUCCCCCAGCUGGAUGGUAUCCGCCGCACACUGCUUUGUCGACGACAGAGGAUUCAGGUACUCGGAGCACAGCAUGUGGACGGCCUUCCUGGGCCUGCAUGACCAGAGCAAGCGCAACGCCCCGGGGGUGCAGGAGCGUGGGCUGCAGCGGAUCAUCAAGCACCCGUUUUUCAACGACUUCACCUUCGACUACGACAUUGCGCUGCUGCAGCUGGACCGGCCGGUGGAGUACAGCGCCACCAUCCGGCCCAUCUGCCUGCCCGCGGCCGACCACACCUUCCCCGCCGGCAAGGCCAUCUGGGUCACUGGCUGGGGCCACACGCAGGAGGCAGGCCAGGGAGCUAUGAUCCUGCAGAAGGGCGAGAUCCGGGUCAUCAACCAGACGACUUGCGAGCACCUGCUGCCGCAGCAGAUCACCCCACGCAUGAUUUGCGUGGGCUACCUCAGCGGUGGCGUGGACGCCUGCCAGGGCGACUCCGGAGGCCCCCUGUCCAGCCCGGAGGCGGAUGGGCGGAUGUUUCAGGCCGGCGUGGUGAGCUGGGGCGAGGGCUGCGCGCAGAGGAACAAACCCGGCGUGUACACGAGGCUCCCUGUGUUCCGGGACUGGAUUAAAGCGCAGAUCGGGGUAUAGAUGGGAGGCCCAGCCGCAGUCACCCCAGGUGCACACCUGCCGGCCGAGGACGGGAUUACUCUGCACGCCCCAGCCUCGGGCCCCGGAACCCAGACUGUGAACUGAUCCCCGAGACUGCGGAUGAGGGGGCCUCCCCACUCAGCCUCGGAAAUGGGGGUGGGGUUGGGGUGGGGGUGGGGGUGGGGAGGACCCGGCUGUGCCGGGAGGCGCGUUAGAGGACGGAACCUCCCCUCUCCAAGCUGGCCUGCUUCCUUGGUCCGCCUGGAGCACGGGAGCAGCUGUCGUGUGGCCUCUGGGACCCCUUGGUGGGGCUGGUGGCACCCCCAGGGUCACAGUCUUCAAGAAGCUCAGGCCCGAAGGCCCUGAACGUCAGCCAGGUCCAGGAUCAGAAUGUCUUACCGGCUCCAAGGGUGGGGUUCACUGUGUGUAUUUGUGUGUAUGAGUAAAACGCUUUAUUUCUUUUUAGG